AUGCAUAAAUCCACCGUUGAUCCCGGCAAAUUAAGCUUUGAUGAAAGGAAAAGAAAUAUUGAUGACGCUAUUAAAUGGUUGUGUAGCGAAUUUGAAUCAUUAUCGAAACAAAGCAGAGAUUUAAAGAUACAAUUUACUAGUUUACAAGCCGAUAUUGAAUGUGAAAAAAAAAUUCAACGUAAAGAAAACCGGCAACAACUUACCAAAACAGUCUAUGAACCAUUUAAGGAAGUUGAUCUCGAUAGUAGGGCAAAUAAAGGAAGCAAGUUAACAAGCCCUUCUGGUACUAUAAGACGUCAACUAAAGUCACGUAGCGUUCUAUAUAAUUGA